CUUAAAAAAAAACAGAGAAAACAAGAGAAAACAAACAAAUAGAUAAAUAAACACAAAUAAGAAAAAGAGAGAAAGAAAAAUAGAAACAGACAAAUAAAUAAAUAAAAAUAAUAAUAAAAACGAAAAGCACACCUGAAUUAUCACACCUGUAAUUUAACACACCUGGUCAUAUUUACCUGUAAUAAUGAAAGGCGCGUGGCUGGCGGUGGUGGUGGUGAUGGUGGUGGUGGUGGUGGGGGCAGUAAGGGCAGCUAACAAGUGGAGAGUGCCUGAUGAAGCCUCGCCAGGUGAAACAACAGACGCAGGAUGUGAGGCGGAGCAGGGCAGGAUGGAGGUGGGCCAAAGGAUCUAUCUGGAAGGAUGCAGGAGACUCGUGUGCAAGUCGAUAGUUGGACGCCCUAUCAUUGAGGAACAUUUCUGCGAGACACUACCGCAUGACCUCCCAGCAUCCUGCAAGGUUCAGGAGGGCGGCGGGGAGAGACACCCAGACUGCUGCCCUCAGGUGGUGUGCUCCGGCGGGGACUUCUACGAGUAUGAGACCCCGAAGCCCUUAAAACCCAUCCUAGAGACCUUCCCACGUGCACAGGAAUCCUAUACGGAGCCACCAGAGUCUUACACACGCCAGCUAGAGCCCUACAAACGAGUACAGGAUACCUACACACGCCAACCAGAGUCCUUUUCGCAAAUCCGUGAGUCCUUACCGCCUACGUCAGGAUCCUUAAGGCCACUGACACAACUAGGACCUUUACGCAGAGUGCCUGAGUCCUUGCCGCGUGCCCCUUGUCCCCGGCCAUGCAGACCCAAGGCGCCCCAGAGGUACCUUCCAAGGACCCGGUACGUGACAGCAAGGGGCAAUAAGUACCCUGCAGCACCGCGACGCCCUUCCUUCCCUCUGCGGCGCCCUGGGUACUUCACCAUGACCCCCCCGCCUCUUAGGAUGUCAACAGAGGUCAUCCUUGGCACCGGGUACUCACAUCCUUGGCGGGGGAAUGCAGCUGCAGAUCCCACACGCCCAUUACGCCUGCCUGGACUCCCCCAGCGGCGCCCUCUACCCCGUCCUGCCCCUGAGACGUGGAAGAAUGAAGUUCUUGUCUCGCCACAUGAAUUGAGCAACACACCACACGACCUUUACUAUGAGGACCACUACGAGAGCUUCCCUGAGGACAAGGGCGGGGACUACGGCACGGACACGCCCUGGGAUGUCUCCACGGGGCCCCAGCAGCAGGAGGACCCGGGGUAUGACGCAUGGGAGGGUUCAGACACGUGGGAGGGGAUAGAAUAUAAAGAUGAAUAUGAAGAUCCUACCCCACCUAUUUCCACACCCACACGUCUACCCCUUCAGGAGAAUUUGUACACUUACUUCACUGACCCAAGGGACGUGAGGAUAUCCCCGCAUCCCUACUACCACCCCCCCACCACGCCCCUCACCGCCCAGGGAGUGAGGGAGGCAGUUCCUAACACAGAUGAAGGACUGAAUGAAGGUUUUGAUAUUCCUAACUCAAUAUUCCCUGUAGCAGGGGAUGAAGGAACGCCAUGGCGGCCGAUCAUUGAUACUACUACUACUCCUGCUACUACUACUACUACUACUACUACCACCACUACUACUACAACGCCUCCUCCUCCUACUACUACUACUACGACUACCACAACUACUACUACCACUACCACGCCACGCCCAACUAGAAGACCUACAAGAAAACGUAGGCCACGCCCUUCAAACAUCCCACGCAUCACCACAUGGCGGCCCCCGAGGAUUCGCCGCACCACCACCACCACCACACCACGCAGCAUCACCACACCUCCCUCCUAUGAAUUCGCCACAGCCAAACUGAACCCAAGCAAACACGACAUUCAUGAGUUCUUCCACACGCCCCUGGACCCGUCAGCUCUCAUCCCGGGCCACGACGCCUUCCUCAGGUCGAAGCAGAAGGCGCAGGAGGAGUACCAAAUAACGAACAAGACACGCAGAUCCCUACAGCCUCGAGUCACAUCCCCUGCUGUCCGGCGGCGUCCUGUUUUCUACAUCCCCUGGCAGAAGGAUCUCAACAGGGUGUCUUCAGAUGCGUCACUACUGCAGGAGGCGAGGGUGGAGGAGGAAGAGGUGUCCCGCGCUAAGACUUUCCAACCGAAAAAGUCUAGUGGUGAGUUUGAUGUCCCUGUUAUGUCCACGGAGAAGUUUAUUAUCGAUUUGCCUUCUACAGAGCCUCCUGCAGUAGAGUUUGGUGCAUUAAGGCCUGGAAGCAAGCUGAAGGGCAAGGUGGAGUCCUUCGCGCACACAGAUACCAUCCAGAACACAAUUACUUCCCAAAGGAGCGUAAAGACGAGGAUGAAAACACUCCUGCCGGGGCCACAUCAGGAGAGGAACUGCACGUGGAGGAUGUGCUUGGUGACGCAUGCUACUGUGACCGCCUCCACGCAGCCUUUCCUCCCCAUAACCGACGGGCCGCAGGGAAGACACAUACCGGAGGAGGAGGUGGAAGAACAGGAGAUGGUGGAGGAGAAGGACAGUGGGAGAGGAACUGUGAAAUACAACCACAGCGUAAGACAACACAACAACGAUAUGACCACUACAACACAGCCAACUAUCAAGUGGUCCCCUCCGCCAUUCAGGUCCCCGGCAAGGAGGCGCUACCCUGCACACACACACAGCGUCCCUCGCCCAGACAACCUGCAGAUGCCUGACUACGGGGCGUUCCCAGAGGAGGACCACCUGGAAGUUUUGUUUUAUGAACCCAUCAAACAGCCAACCACUCAGCCAGGCAUUGUGGGUAGCAAACUGACUGGGCCGGCUGAUACUGACAAGCUGACGGAGGGAGUUACAGGGCGUGAGAGGGAUAUACUGAAGAAGGGAGUAGAUGAAGAGGUGACGAAAGAAAUUAAAAUAGAUAGAAAUAGAGAAAAAGAGAGUGAAGAAGACAUACUGACGAAGGAAUUGAAUAGAAACAGACAUAUAGAAAAGGAAAGUGAGAAAGACAUAACGACUGAAGGAAUACACUCAAGUAGUCACCAUGAAGACAUAAUGAAGAAGGAAACACACAGAAACAGACAGACGGAAACAGCGAAUGAUAAAAAGAUAAUGACGGAGGAAAUGGACAGAAACAGACAUAGAGAAAAGGAGAGUGAGAAAGCCAUAACGACUGAAGGAAUACACUCAAGUAGUCACCAUGAAGACAUAAUGAAGAAGGAAACACACAGAAACAAACAGACGGAGGAAAUCAAUCAAAAUAACCAACGAGAAAUACAGAGUGAUCAAGAUACACUGAAGGAGAAAGAAGAUAGACAGCGACAGGAGGGCGGGAAGUACUGGGGUCGGCCUCGUGUUUCCCCUGAGAAGUUUAAGAGUUACCCAAGGGCGCCUCCCUCCUCCAGCAGCCGUAGAUACGAAACACGAGUAGAUGAAGAUUAUUAUUAUGAUGAUAUGGCGUACCAGGACUCUGAUGGCAUGCCUGAGUGGAACCUGAAGGAGGAGGAGGAGGAGGAGGAGGAGGAGGGUGAUAGAGAAGAGGUUGUAGAAAUAGAUGAAAGCGAAAGAGACGUUACAGAAAGGAAUAAUAAUGACAAACAACAUGAUAGCGUAAGAAAAGACACAGAAAAUGAUGAUAACGAACAAACACACACGGAAAGAAACACACAACACAGACCCAUCAUUGCAUCACGAACACCACCACACACCCAGCACACACACACACACACCACCACCACCACCACCACACCAAGACAAAGACCAAGACUGCGCGUUUCUCCAAGACCACCACGGCUGCGCACCACACCACCCUCUCAGCAGCGAAAAACAAGACUCCCCUCAAAGACCCGCCUCCCCCCGCCUCCCCAGCGAAGCCUCUCCCGUAGACCUGCCAUCAGACGCUCCCGAAUCACCCCAGCACCCGUGAUAACUCCUGAAGAAGGGGCAGAAGAGAAGAGAACAGCAGAAUCAUCAAAAUCAUCACCAAGGUUGCUAGAUUCACCGUCAGUUGAUAAAGAGGAAGCCAUUCAUACCUUCAGGAACGUAAAGACACUAGAAAGACGAUCUGAAGAAGGCGCAGAAAGAAGGGACACGUUAGAAGCUUUAAGAUCCUCACGAAGGACACUUGAUUUGGCCUCCAGUGAUGAAAGAGAGCCCAUGGAAGCCUUUAGGAACGCAAAGGCACAAGAAGGACAACCUGAAGAAGGCGCUGAAGUGAAAGAUGAGUUAGAAGUCUCAAAAACGUUAAAAAAGUCACCAGAUUUGACUACUGACGGAGAGGAGGCGGUCCAUCCCUUCAGGAACACUAAAUCAAUGAGAUCAGAACCCGGAGGAGAUGCUGAAGGGACGGAGGAAGCACAGAAACACCACAAACAUCAGAAACAUCACACGGCUUCACACAAUCGGACGGACACGAAACAACACACUUCAAAAACACAAACUUACAUCCUCAACACGGAAGAGUGAGACAAGAAACAAGUCAAAGAACACACAGCACCAGACAGAGAGACAGACAAACACACACUAGGCAAGCAAACAGACGAACACACACACAGAGGACAGAGGAAGGACAUUAUGGAGGCUCCUACGAUUCCUCCAGGACACAGGGAGGUCACACUGGUGAUACUAACGCCUCCUACAGCGAUAGACGGACGAGAGAACCAAGAUACGAACCGAGGGAAACAAAAGAUGAACCAACACAUUCUCUAAGUGUUUGGGAACCGCUUAGACACAGAAGGGCGACAAAAAGACCUGAGUAGCUUCAUUUUGUGUUUGUAAAGUGUAUAUUCUCUCACCAUGACUGAUUUGUAAGGCCAUGGAGAUGAGUAAGAGACCUCAAGGCUGUUUAUAGACGCUUUGUUAAUCUGCACUAGUUUUCAGGCAAAGAAUAGCGAUAAUAAGACCUCAUUAGCUGUACUUUGAGCCUCGAGGUGCUGCAGGCUUUGUUCUCUCACCAUGGCUGUUUUCCAAGGCCACGGAUAUUAUUAUUAUUUUGUGUAUGUAAGAGAGGAAAGCUGACCUAAGGCAACAAAAAAACGUUUAAACAAAAAGGCCUACCGAGAUGCCAGCUCCCAAACAGUGUCGAGAGAGUUAGCAGGGUUUUCAAGACUGCUUCUGUUGUAAAUGUUAUGAAAGUUGUGUUAAGGCGGGUUCACACGUGGCAAUUUGCGAGCGACUAGAAAAACCAGUCACAAAACAAGGCCACCAUAGUCUUGUUCAGUGGAUUUGCGACUUUGUUUACAUUGUGACGUCACGGAGAAAUGUUUGAAAAUGUGGAGUCGAUGUAGAGAAGAUUUUGGGGUUGGCGAGGGAAAAAGAGCACAUCUGGGACCCUCAAAGUGAAUUCUACAGCAAAAAAAGCUUACACAAAUAGGCAUUCGAUGAGAUCCAUGGCUGCCACUCUCCGCUGACUGCUUCCCUCUAUGCAGGGUGUUGCUGGAGGUGAGGACUGAAGACUUGUCAGGAUUAAUUUGAUCGCACUCGUCAUCGUCACCAGAGGAAGACAUCGUGUUGGGUCACUGUUUGUUUACAUUC